AUGUAUGAGAAGCGCAACAUCUCUCUCGUCUCGCCCCAGGCACCACCGCCACCGCGACACGCCGGCUUCAGCCUGCGCUCUCCGACCCAGUCUGACUUCCAACACCCGCACGCGCACUCGCACGCGCACUCGUCGUCCGCCUACUCGUCGCCACAUCAUCAGCAGCCGCCAUCGCACCAUCACGAUCAUCGCUCGCCGCCGUCCUCGUCGCGAUCCCAUCAGCCCGUGCUCUCCCAUCCGACCCCGUUCAGCUCGUCUUCGGGCCCCGUCGGUCCUCUCGCGUCCACGCUGCCAGCUCUCGCGGGAGCCUCGUCGUCACCCUCAUCGGGCGCCCACCUGCAAGGCCCGCCUCUGUCGCCUCUGCACCCGCCCAGCGGUGCUUACUACCCCCCGCCCGAGUCGCAGUCGCAGUCCCUGUCCCAGUCGUCGCAGAAAACCUCGACCCUACGCGAUGCCAAGCCGACGACGAGCAGCUAUUACGACCCGCUGACCGAUACCACAAGAGAGAGGAGGAUAUCAGAUGCAGCCGCGCCGCGGUACCCUGCAUCAUCAGUGCAGGCAUCACCACCAAAGCCGCGCGACCCGUAUCCCUACUCGCAGGCUUCCACGCCUGCCGACCAUCAGCAGCAGCAGCAUCACGCCUAUUAUCGAAACGGCAGUCACGCCUCGCCAGGCCCCACGACCUACUCGCCACGGAGUCCCGUCUCGCACGCGCACGCCGCACCGCCCCCGGCCGGUUCCAUCAGUCCAUCCAUCCGCCCGCCGCCGCUGCACAUGACCUCGCCCAACGCGAGACGAGCUGCAUCUCCUGCUGCACACCACGCGUCCUCGAAUGGUACCUCACACAUCGUGCCUCCCAUGGCCAAGUCCGACGUCUCGCCUCUGAAGGCGCCGGCGGCAGCUCCGGCCAGUGUAUGUGAACGCUCCCUUGUUUGGCCGACAGAACCGUGA